CACCAAAGUGGGCGGGAGGCUUUCCUCUUCUGAGUAUCGGGACAAUUACUCACAGACUCCUGAGAAAGUGGCUGGGAUGUAGGCAGAGGUUGGAUGGAAGCGAGCAACAGAAGCAGGGUCCUUGUGAGAGGAAGGGAGAAAAGAGAAGAAAGGAAUGAUGGUGGAAUGGAAGAGAGAACAACUGCUGGAUGUGGGAUCAGAGAGCUAGGUCAAUGGGAGACCAGAGGAGUGUGGGUGAGAAGCAAUAGGGCAGAGAGCAGAAGACUCCAUGAAGCCUGUAGAGUAGAAGAUGCCAUCAAGUGUAUCUAAAAGGAGCAGGGGUGAAAUAAGCCAAUACAUCUGACCACAGCCAGGACAUCUCAUUGCUUUUGGUCUUGCUAUAUGUGGAUGUCUAGUUCUUGAAGACAACUUGGGAGUAGGGCUCUUCUAAUCUUUGCCCCAAUAAUACUUCGUGAAGUAUUAUUCACAGAGGGUGAGCUUCACUGGAGCAGGAGAGUGUGAAGUCUGGUGGAUUGCUGUGCUUGAUACUAAUUACUAGUGGCCGUGAGAAGUUUUUAAGAGUCGGACUGGUCUGAAAGGUGUCAAAAGGCAACAAUCAAAGGCCAGGAUUAGCACUUGCCUCUCCUACCACUCAAUCCCCGUCUCCUAGAGUGACCUUCCCACCCAACGCUGCAGAGAUGGAUCAACUGUUGGUAGUGAAAAUCAGCUGCCUGGCAGGCCUGCUGGUGAUCACGCUCAUUUGUGGCCUCAUCCCAGCCCAGGUUAAAUGGUUCCAGAUCAACAUGGCCAGAGGGAAGCAUCGGCGCAUCCUCGGUUUCAUAGGCUGCUUUGCCGCUGGGGUGUUCCUUGGGGCAUGCAUUAUGCACAUGGUGGCCGACGCACUGGGGGACAUCCAAGAGGAAAUAAAAAAGCACCGGCAACAGGGAGUUUCUAUGCAUAAGCAGAACAGCACCUCUGAAGUUGAUGAUGAUUCAGAGAUGUACCCGUUCGGGGAGCUCGUAAUCUCAUUUGGCUUCUUCCUGGUGUUCUUCAUUGAGUGUGUGGUGCUCCACUGUUGCCCCACGGCUGUGCAUUCCCAUGGCGACCAUGAUGCCCAUGAGGAUAACAAAGACCCACCGGAAUCCCACAGUUCUUUCCGGGCAUUUGUCCUCUUCCUCUCGCUCUCUUUCCACUCGGUCUUUGAGGGCCUCGCCAUCGGCGUCCAGAAAGAGAAAACAUCUGCCAUUCAGCUUUGCUUGGCGGUCCUCAUCCACAAGGCCAUUGUGGUCUUCAGCUUGGCCUUGAAGUUGGUGCAGAGUGGCACCCAGGGCCGAUGGAGGUUGCUAUACUUGGUGGUGUUUGCCCUGAUGUCUCCCAUUGGCAUCAGUGUGGGCAUUGGCGUCUCUCUUUCCAACAGUGACGGGAGUGGCCUAGCUCAGGCUCUUCUGGAAGGGGUGGCAGCGGGAACCUUUCUUUAUGUCACCUUUCUGGAGAUCCUUCCCUAUGAGCUGCGUUCACAUGAAAGCCCCCUCACCAAGUUCUUCUUCAUUGGACUGGGCUUCUCUGUCAUGGCUCUCAUCGCCAUUUGGGCAUGAAAGAGUGGGCGUUCUAGGGUCUCCAUGGAAACCCAUCACAACAGCACUUUUAUAUUCCUCCAUUUCCAGAACUACCUCUAAACAGCUGCCAUUCCACUGGCUGACUCUAGAGGGAGUGGUGACACUACAAGGCCUUUUCUGUUGGCUUGGCUGGGACCCAACUGCUAUUUGAUCUUGGUCAUACAUUUACUGUACAGGUGGGCCCCACUUAUAUGGCAGGUUCCGCUCCGGACCACUGCUGAAAAGUGGAAAUCGCCGGAAAGCGGAACCCAUUGAAGAUAAUGGUGCACAUUGUGAGAAAAUGACGCGAGAAUGGCGCACGAUGAGAAAAAAUUGCCGUAAAAGUGGAACAAGCACCUUAAAGCGGGGACUUUCCCUAACUGAAAGUCGCCGCAUUGGCGGAAUGCCGAAAAGCGAAGCGCCCUAAAGUGGGGCCCGCCUGUAGUCCACUAUCUUUCCACUUUAAACAGUCUCUGGGAAGAAGGACGGACUGUUAAACCACUUUGGCAGUUGUAGCUCUGUGAGGGUGAAUAGAGGUCUUCUAACCACUCUUAGCACCCUUAACAAGCUACAGUUCCCAGGAUUCUUUGGAGGAAGCCAGGACUGUUUAAAGGAGAAUAAUAGUGGAAUAAAUGUAUGGUGUAAAUGUGGCCCUAGACUCCUCUCUUCCCAGAACUUCCUCUUAUCAACUGCCAGUCCACCUGGCUGCCUUGAGACAGUGUGGUGCCAUAGCAAGGCCUGCUCUGUUGGCCAUUUAGUUCCUCUUUUCAUAGAACUGUCUCCUGGUAGUAGCCAUGGUACCUGCAUUUGCAUAAUGUUUGUCUUCCUGUUUAUUAAAUUAUAAGCCAUUCUUUUAAACUGUGAACCACUUUCAGUGCAUGGGCAGAAAGGUGCUAUAUAAAUAUAAGUAAAUGAAAAUAACCAGCAAUCCAUGUAAAGAAAAAUGCAAGAGGAACACCAAAGAGACCAAGUAAUAGAGUGUGAGAGACAGCAACAUCAUUUUAACUUGGCACCUUGAUCUAUUGGAAGUCCAUCAUUAUCAGCAGAAUUCAUCAGCAGUCGUAUCUAUAAACAGAACCAAUAAACCUACAUAAGGAAUAUACAAUCUACACGAAAGACUAGAUGGAAAAUAUGGAGGGGUUUCCUGCAAGGAACUCUGGAUCCAGUAGGAUACUGACAAAAGAGAGAAUGGGACUUUUUUUUAAAAAAAAGGCUGCUUGUAGGUUUUGAGAAUGUGGAUGAAAAUAUACAGUUAAAGAUUUGUAUUACAUUUUUGUCUGUCUUAGGGCAAGGUGGGUGAGGGAGGGAUGUUCCUGUUAUAUGUCAGGGUGUUCCCAUGUGUGUGUGUGUGUGUGUGUGUGUGUGAGAGAGAGAGAGAGAGAGAGAGAUCGGUGGAGUGUUUUCACAUGAGUGUGAUAUCAGGUUGUCAUGCUGCAAUGUGAAGGUGCACAGAGCCAAGUUGGCAUGACCACAGGAGACAGUUUGGGAACACCUGUGCUAGGACUAUGAUCCAGAGGGUCUAUUUUUCUGUUACAAUUCUUGUCAGUGCUAUACUUUGUGGUGAGGGUACUGUUGAUGUUCUAGAACAAGGGUGGGGGCCCUUUUCUGCCAGUGGGCCAGAUCCAGAGUUCCACCACUUCCAGCAAGCUACUUUUAGAGGUGGUUGGGACCAUCUACCUGCCAAUCAUCUGAUGUCACUAUGACAUCAGGUGGCUCAUUGAGCUCAAGUCAUACAGCAAAGGAAGAUCCCAACUUCAAGUCACUGCUGGUCAGCUAAUCAGUGCUGAUUUCAAGCCCUGAUUUUAGCAGGGUUUGGCUUUCCUGAGUGGAACCAGUCCCGGAGGGGGGGUAUAUUUGGUGUCAAAUUUAGAAGGUGCCAUAUUGAAAAACCCUAUUUGCCAAGGUAUAAUUGGGUGAACAUUUUAAGACUCUAGAGCUGUGGUUCUUAACCUGACACUUUUUCUAGGGGUGCAAGGCCCAACCAAAGAUUUUGGAAAACUGUCAUUUAUCUUAGCUAAGUUAGGCUAAAACACACAUUAAAAUAAAAUAAAAUAAAUGAAUGGUAUUUUUUCAGGGGGUGCGAAAGCAUAUUUUGGAAAUCUAAGGGGUGCUGGCAGUGGAAAAGGUUAAGAACCACUGCUCUAGAGUGUUCCUUUGCAGCUAUGUGUUUACUUGUCUCACAUCUGGUGCCAUGUAUGAUACCAGGUGAGGUCUAGGUGGGCAUGACUUGGGGGAAGCAGCUCCACAGGCCCAAACUGGUAAUCCAUCUGGGCCCAAUUAGACCCACAGGGAACUCUGAUUCUUUUUUUUAAUCAUUUGUCUUUAUCCAUCAAUAUAAAUGCCAUUUUUCAGAGCAGAGCAUCUGGACUAGAGCUUUCUUUGCAUUGCUUUUCUUAAAAUGUUUGUAUUGAUUUUCAAACAAAGUAACAGCAAAUUCCCUGACCCCCCAUUCCCUUCCCCCCUCCCUUCCCCCUUCUCCUCCCAGAUAUAUAUAUAACAAACCAUAAUAAGGCUAUUCAAAGGUACAUGCAAAACACAAAUCAUAAUAACUCUCUCACCCCAAAACAUCUUUCCACAGAUGAGAAUGAGUUGUAGGGGGAUGGAAAGUAUGAGCUUGAGAGUUUACAUGCGCAAUAAAUUUGUACCAUACUUUGAUAAAGUUGUCCUCGUCUUCGCUGCCAUGUAAGGCUCUCAUUUUUUCAUUAAAUGCCUGAUCUCUGUGGAGCAUUUUUUCAUUAAAUGUCUGAUCUCUGUGGAUCUGUUGGCAGAGGAACAUCGCCAACUGAUUGGCCAGGACGCUAGUAAAGAGUUUGGCAUCUUGGCCUAUUAGUGAUAUCGGCCUACAGGAAUCGGUCAAUUCUGCAUCCUCUCCUGGCUUUAAGAGUACUAUUAUUCUGGAUUCCUGCCAUGAUUGGGUGACUGGGCCACCAGCAAGGAUUAGGCUGAACAGGCCUGAGUUUAUUUAUGAAAAAAUGCUUGUAAGCCCAUCUUAUGCCAGGAACUUUGUGUGGUGUUUUACUUUUUAAUUGCUUUGUUCAGUUCUUCAGGGUUAAUAGGACUCUAAAAAUUCUCACUGGUCCUCUGACAGUUCCUUUUAUCUUGGAAUUGAAGUCAAGUCACUUCUGGUGCAUCUCCUGGAGUAUGUCCACGGGUGUUCUCUUCUUAACACCCCCUCCAUACACAUUUCCUUUUUAUUGGGUUGGCCAACCCAUUAACAUUCCGAGAGCAAAAAGUAAUACUCAUUGCGGUAGUUUGUGAGAGCUUGAGAAUUAAAAAUGUAAAUGUACUGCCUUCAGGUCGAUUCCGACAUGGCAACCCUAUGAAUAGGGUUUUCGUGAGGCUGAGAGGCAGUGACCGGCCCAAGGUCACCCAGUGAGCUUCAUGGCUAUGUGGGGAUUCAAACCCUGGUCUUCCAGGUUGUAGUCCAACACCUUCACCACUACACCACACUGGCUCUCUUGCAUGAGAAUUACCUUACUCUUAUAAUUGCAUGUUUGUAAAUCAUAUAGGAUUUUUUGAAAAAGAGCUCUGCAUAGUCAUUUUAAGUCCUCCUUACCUCCCCCAGAAAGCCAAUUAUUCUGUAAUCCCCUCCCCCCCAAAUAAACAACCAAACCCAGAAGAACUAAUCUAAUAAUAGUAUAAUAAUAGUAAUAAUAGUAUUUUUCACCUGCACGUCACCACUGGGUGGGUAUCUCCAUAGUUCCCAUAUCUGGGGAAAAAAUAUACAGGGGAGUGUUACAAACCCACCGUAUAUAUACCCUCAACCCUCAAAUGCUAUAGCAGACCUGUACAAGUGAACAUAUAAGUAAGGAACCAGCGUAGUUAGACAAAAAUGGUGCAAUGUCUUGUAGUCAGUCUUGCUUGAAUCAAAAAUAAGCAAGAAGUAAUGUAGAAAAAAACCAGGCCAUAUUGCAGCCAUGGCUGCAGUCUUCAGCGCAGAUUUGGGCUCUCAAAUCUGAGUGGGUGUUUUGGUUUUCUUGUUCUUUUGUUCUCAAUUGCGUCAAUUGCGUCUCAUCCGAAGGCUGCAACCCUAUCUUCCUGUCCACCAGCUCCCACUCGUAGUACAUGCUCUGGUCACCUCUCGUUUAGACUACUGCAAUGCGCUCUACGUGGGGUUACCCUUGAAAACAGUCCGGAAAUUACAACUGGUACAAAACACGGCGGCUCGUUUACUUACGAAUAGCCGCCGUUAUGAUCAUAUUACCCCAGUGUUAUACAAUCUCCACUGGCUUCCAGUUAUUUUCCGGGCUCAAUUCAAGGUGUUGGUAUUAACCUUUAAAUCCCUAUACGGUUUCGGCCCAGUAUACCUGAAGGAGCGCCUCCACCGUCAUAAAGUGUGCCGCCCUACAAGAUCUGCCACUCAGGGCCUUCUCUCGGUUCCACCGACUAAAGUGGCUAGGUUGGUGAGGACUCGAGAGAGGGCUUUUUCUGUGGCAGCCCCCACGCUUUGGAACUCCCUCCCAAUGGAUCUUCGACAUGCCCCUUCCCUAGAUAUAUUUCGCCGGGGCCUGAAAACUUGGCUUUUCCAUCAGGCCUUUACGACCUUUGAGACUUCCAAGGUGAACUAGUCCUAGAACUGUAAUAUGAACAAUCUACUAAAUACUGUAAUUUUUGCAUUGUACUGUACUGGCUAUAUUGUUUAUUGUAUUUUAUCAUGUUUUAUUGUACGCCGCCUAGAAUGGCCACUGGCUAGAUAGGCGGCCUAUAAAUUAAAGUUUAUUAUUAUUAUUA